GACACCGGGUUCAUAUUCCACUCCUACAGGAGGGGUUUUGGGACUUGGGAAUGCCGAGUGCGGCACGCGGAGCACUGUACAUGUGCGAUUGCACGUCGCUCGCAGUGCAGGAGUGCAGGCGGGGGGCCACAGAGCUGAGUGGGAAGGAAGCAAGGGGCACAGAGAAUUGACAAAAAUCACGCAAGGGAAGAGAGAGAGAGGGAGAAGUGAGCGCAUAUCAAGAGCAAAGCUGAAAAAAAUAGGAGCACCGCUCGUGGGGUUGGGUUGGGUUGGAUUGGAACCCCGAGAACAAGCUUGUGGGCAGCAGCAGCAGCAGCGGCGGCCAGCCGGAGCGACUAGCGAGCGAGACACAGCGGGAGGAAGCAGCGAGCAAGCGAAAGCGUACCAGAGCGGCAAGCCGAGGGAGUGCAAGGCGGCUGCAACUGUUCCAGUUCCAGCUAGCCCCUCUUGCACCCUCUGCGUAGUAGUAGUACUAGUAGCAGAGCAGCUGCAGCUGCAGCCGCGCCCGCUAGGAGCCAAGCGGCGGCGAGCGAGCGAGCAUGCUCUAGGCGCCCCUCCCCUGCGCCGGGCGGAUCUGCCGGAGUGCGGCAGCCGGUGCUAACCGCCCACGCGGCCGCGGGAUCUGACGCCGCGCCUCCUCGGAUCGUCGGGCCCCAGCGGCGGCGGCGGCGGCGGCGGCCGAGGCGUUAGCAGCCGACUGUUCCAAGCAAGUGACAUGCUACAGAUUUCGUGUUCCUUCCUCUGACUAAUAUAGAAGGGAAAGACUGCGCCUGGCCGCCUGCGCUUGCUUGGGCGCCGCGCCGGUGGUGGUAAUCUCCGGGAGCGGCAGCGGCGCGCGGUGGUGGGGGAAAAAAAAAAGAACAGAGGGAGAAGGCUACCUGCCCCGCCCUCUCGCGGGAGACUUGGCGAGGAGGAGGGAGCUGCGAAAAAGCGAAUGGGUUUCGGGGAGGCGCUGUGAUUUGGCCUGAAAAGGAGGAAUCUUUGCUUCCUCUUCCGCUUCCUAUAUCGCGCCCUCGUCAGAUCGGCGGCCUGGUUGCGUCUUCGGCAGCGGCGGGCGGAAAUGAGGCUCUCGUCGUCGUCGUCGUCGUCCGCCAGCGUCCUCCCGGCUCAGCCGGGCUCGCCGGAAGAUGUGGAGGAGCACAAGUGUCUGAACUCGGAGUUGUGGCAUGCCUGUGCCGGCCCGCUUGUCUCCUUGCCAGCGGUGGGUAGCCGGGUUGUGUACUUCCCUCAGGGCCACAGCGAGCAGGUAGCAGCAUCAACAAACAAGGAAAUGGAGUCUCAGAUCCCCAGUUAUCCUAAUCUGCCGCCACAGCUUAUAUGCCAACUGCAUAAUGUGACGAUGCAAGCUGAUGCAGAGACAGAAGAGGUAUAUGCACAGAUGACAUUACAACCACUCAACCCGCAAGAACUGAAGGAUCCAUAUUUACCUGCAGAAUUAGGUUUGGUCAGUAAACAGCCAACAAACUAUUUCUGCAAAACAUUAACAGCAAGUGAUACCAGUACCCAUGGUGGGUUUUCUGUUCCCCGUCGAGCAGCUGAGAAAGUGUUCCCUCCACUGGAUUUCACCCAGCAGCCUCCAUGCCAGGAGUUGAUGGCAACAGAUCUUCAUGGCAAUGAGUGGAAAUUCCGUCACAUAUUUCGUGGUCAGCCAAAGCGGCAUCUUCUAACUACAGGCUGGAGUGUCUUUGUAAGUGCAAAGAGACUCGUUGCUGGUGACUCUGUCCUUUUUAUCUGGAAUGACAAUAACCAGCUUCUGCUUGGAAUUCGUCGGGCAAAUCGGCCACAAACAGUCAUGCCAUCUUCAGUCUUAUCAAGUGAUAGCAUGCAUAUUGGUCUUCUUGCUGCAGCUGCUCAUGCUGCUUCGACAAAUAGCCGGUUUACAAUUUUCUACAACCCAAGGGCAAGCCCUUCAGAGUUUGUCAUACCGCUUGCAAAGUAUGUUAAGGCUGUGUAUCAUACCCGUAUAUCUGUGGGGAUGCGCUUCAGGAUGCUUUUUGAGACAGAAGAGUCUAGUGUUAGGAGAUACAUGGGGACUAUUACCGGAAUCAGUGAUCUUGAUUCUGUUCGGUGGCCAAAUUCACACUGGCGUUCUGUUAAGGUUGGCUGGGAUGAAUCAACUGCUGGCGAUAGACAGCCAAGGGUGUCACUAUGGGAGAUUGAGCCCCUGACAACUUUCCCAACGUAUACAUCUCCUUUUCCGCUCAGGCUCAAGCGUCCAUGGCCAACAGGCUUGCCUUCUCUGCAUGGUGGGAAGGAUGAUGACCUGGCUAACUCUCUCAUGUGGCUUCGAGAUACCACAAAUCCUGGUUUCCAGUCGUUAAAUUUUGGUGGACUUGGUAUGAACUCUUGGAUGCAGCCAAGGCUGGAUACUUCCUUACUUGGUCUGCAGCCUGACAUGUAUCAGGCGAUGGCCACAGGUGCUUUCCAGGAUCCAACAAAGCAGGCAUCACCCACAAUGCUGCAGUUCCAGCAGCCACAGAACAUAGCUGGCCGGGCUGCGCCACUUUCAAGUCAGAUUUUGCAGCAAGCACAUCCUCAAUUUCAGCAGCAGCCGUACAUCCAAAACAUCUCUGAGAGCACAAUCCAAGCGCAGGGUCAGUCUGAGUUCCUCAAACAGCAGAUCCAACGCAGCCAGUCAUUCAAUGAGCAGAAGCCCCAGCUGCAACCCCAGCAAGAAUCACAGCAGCAGCAGCAAUCACAGUGUCUGCAAGCCCCUCAGCAUCAACAAAUACAACAGAACAUAGCCAACUACCAGUCUGUAUCCAAUGCAUUAUCGGCGUUUUCUCAGCUGUCGUCAGCCUCUCAGUCUACACCUAUGGCACUGCAAACUAUAUUACCGUUCUCACAGGCACAGAGCUUUACAGACACGAGUGCAAGCUCAUUGUCUCCAUCCAACACCAACACAAUGCAAAAUACGCUUCGGCCAUUCUCAUCAGAAGCAGUUUCUCACCUCAGUAUGCCGAGGCCCACUGCGAUACCUGUUCCCGACGCAUGGUCAUCGAAGCGAGCUGCGGUGGAGUCUUUGCUUCCUUCUCGGCCCCAAGAUUCGUCUCAAAUGCAACAGUUGGACUCUACACCAGCUAGUAUACCUCAUAGCUCUGCGUUGGCACCACUUCCUGGGAGAGGAUGCUUGGUGGAUCAAGACGCGAACCCUGAUCCUCAAAACCAUCUCUUGUUUGGUGUCAGUAUAGAUUCGCAGUCACUGCUAAUGGAGGGAGGCAUCCAUGGUCUCCAAAAUGGCAAUGAUUCGACCGCUAUACCUUAUUCCACCUCCAAUUUCCUGAGCCCUUCCCAGAACGAUUUUCCUUUGGAUCAUACUCUGAAUUCUUCAGGCUGCUUAGAUGAUUCAGGGUACGUCCCGCCAUGUUCGGAUAAUUCUGACCAAGUGAACCGACCACCAGCAACCUUUGUGAAGGUUUACAAAUCUGGAACCUACGGAAGGUCGCUUGAUAUCACCAGGUUUAGUAGCUAUCACGAGCUCCGUAGGGAACUAGGGCGCCUAUUUGGCCUUGAGGGCCAGUUGGAAGACCCUCUGAGAUCAGGCUGGCAGCUUGUAUUCGUCGACCGCGAGGAGGACGUCCUUCUCGUGGGCGACGACCCUUGGCAGGAAUUCGUGAGCACGGUGUCCUGCAUAAAGAUACUCUCGCCGCAGGAGGUGCAGCAGAUGGGCAAGCAGGGCCUGGAGCUCCUGAGCUCGGCCCCCGCGGCGCGGAGGCUAGGUAGCAGCUGCGACGGCUACGUUAGCAGGCAGGAGUCGAGGAGCCUAAGCACUGGGAUCGCGUCCGUGGGUUCGGUCGAGUUCUGAAACAGAAGGCAGGAGCUCGUUACGCGCCCCGAGCUUAGUUUAGGGCUGGCCUGUGACGGACCCGCUAGCUCGGCUCGCGCUUCCGAUGUUUUUUGCAGUCCAUGGCGUCGAGGUGGAAGCAGCACCAGACCCAGCAUUAGCUCUCCUUCCAGGUUAUGUACUACCAUCUAAUAAUUCUGUCCAGUCGUAUAUGACACCCAACUCCCAAGUAGAAGAAACUACCAGCAGCCGCUGUUGGUACACAUGCUGAAACUUCGCUCUUGUAUGGAGAAACACUAAUCCUUGUGAAUGUAGCCAGCUAGGCUCUGUAAUGAUCCAUGAGUUAAUAGCCCUUUUGUUGCCUAGCACACGGCAAGCACA